AUGUUCAACAGAGCUGUUUUUUCCCGUUCUCUAGCCACUGCUGCCAAAUCCGUCAAACCCCCAAUCCAAUUGUUUGGAUUGGACGGCACUUACGCCACUGCCCUUUUCACAGCUGCUGCGAAAACCACAUCGGUGGAAAGUGCAGCCAAAUCGCUAACCCAGUUGUCGCAAACUGUCUCCAAGGACGCCAAAUUGGGCUCGAUCUUGAACAACCCAGCUCUUUCUGCCCAGGACAGAGCUUUGGUCGUGGAAACUCUGUCCAAGUCGCAACCUGACUUGGACGCCUCCGUUGCCAAUUUGCUCAAAGUUUUGGGCGAAAACAACAGAUUGGAUCUUUUCAACGACGUCAACGCCCAAUUUGCCAAGCUGACCGACGCCUACAACGGUCUAGUGCAAGCCACCGUCACCACCGCACAGCCAUUGGACUCUAAGCUGUUCAAGAGAGUCGAAAAAGCGCUAGGUGCUUCGAGCCUGGUUGGUCAGGGCAAAACUUUGAAACUUGAGAAUGUGGUUGACCCAGAGAUCCAAGGUGGUCUAGUUGUUGAGCUGGCCGACAGAACCGUGGAUUUGUCCAUCUCUUCCAAGAUCAACAAGCUCAAUCAACUUUUGAAAGAGGCUAUCUAA